GCAACCUCCAUUCAAGCUGAAUAAUCUCAAAAUCUGAACCGCUAUGCCUUUCGCUACCGUCAAAUCUCACCGCAUCCACUAUGUCGAAUCCUCAGAACUCGGCUACGAGAACGACUCCAGCAAAGCCACGAUCGUUAUGGUCCAUGGCCUCGGUUCCUCUCAGAACUUCUAUGUCCCAACAUUUCCCUCUCUAGCCGGGCAUCGCUGUAUUGCUCUGAGUACCUAUGGCGCCGCACAAUCGAAGUCAAAUGGCGAGAAGCUCACAUUGGAAGAACUGGCUGACGAUGUCAUUGGACUCAUGGACCAUUUGAAAGUCGAGAGAGCGAUUCUAGCUGGGCACUCGAUGGGAGGUCCGAUGGUUCUGACCGUAGCGGCGAGGCACCCAGAGAGAGUGCUUGGUGUAGUUCCAAUUGGGCCGGUGAACCCGAGUUCAAUCAAGCCUGAGAUGUUCACCAGUCGGAUCGAGACAGUGCUGAAGGAUGGCAUGGAACCCCUCGCCAACACCGUACCAAAAGCUGCGACCAACGCCAACAGCACCGGAGUGCAAAGAGCGAUGAUCCGCGAGCUGAUAAUCGGCCAGGACCCCAAGUCGUACGCUUCGCAUUGUGAAGUCAUUGUGAACGUGAAGGAUCCUGGCUUCGGCUCGAUCAAAGUCCCGGUGCUGCUGAUUGCGGGUGAUGAAGACAAGUCGG